AGCAGACCUCGUGGGGAGUGAUGUACAGGGGUUGGAGGGGGGGUCCAUCAACCGGCAGAGUUCUUGCCUUGUUCUGUAUCGGCUGUGCCCAUCCCCAUGGUGUCGGACGCCCGGGUGGUUGCUGCUUCCCUGCCCCGGUGCAGUGACUGUCUGGUGCAGAGCUGGGGUGGCUGCCGAGCGGGGCCUGGGGUGGCGUGGAGGCCAGGGCAGUGGCAGUUGGGCCCGUGGCCUCGCUGACCAAGGGCCGCCAUGGCGAAGCGCGAGGCCAGCGCCAGCCCCGUGGUGCGGCAGAUCGACAAGCAGUUCCUGGUGUGCAGCAUCUGCCUGGACCGGUACAGCAACCCCAAGGUGCUGCCCUGCCUGCACACCUUCUGUGAGCGGUGUCUCCAGAACUAUAUCCCGCCCCAGAGCCUCACCCUGUCCUGCCCCGUGUGCCGCCAGACCUCCAUCCUGCCCGAGCAGGGCGUGGCCGCUCUGCAGAGCAACUUCUUCAUCACCAACCUCAUGGAGGUGCUGCAGCGCUCCCCCGAGGGCAGCAGCCGCCCGGACGCUGCCGCGCUGGACCCCGUCAGCGCCGUCACCGGCCAGCCGCUCUCCUGCCCCAACCACGAGGGCAAGGUGAUGGAGUUCUACUGCGAGUCGUGCGAGACGGCCAUGUGCCACGAGUGCACAGAGGGGGAGCACCGGGAGCACGUCACCGUGCCGCUGCGCAACGUGGUGGAGCAGCACAAGGCCGCAUUGCAGCAGCAGCUCGACGCCAUCAAGAGCCGGCUGCCCCAGCUGACGGCUGCCAUCGGGCUGGUGACCGAGAUCAGCAAGCAGCUCCUGGAGCGGAAGAACGCGGCCGUGGGCGAGAUCAGCGGCUCCUUCGCAGAGCUGGAGCAGGCCCUACAGCAGCGCAAGGGGCUGCUCGUGCGUGACCUGGAGGCCACCUGCAGCGCCAAGCAGAAGGUGCUGCAGGCCCAGCUGGAUGCCCUGCGGCAGGGCCAGGAGAACAUCCUAAGCAGCUGCACCUUCACGGAGCAGGCGCUGCACCACGGCACGGAGACGGAGGUGCUGCUGGUGAAGAAGCAGAUGAGCGAGCGGCUCAGCGCGCUGGCCAGCCAGGAGUUCCCCGAGCAGCCGCAGGAGAACGACCAGCUAGACUACGUGGUGGAGACGGACGGCGUCCGCAAGUCCAUCCUCAACCUGGGCGUGCUCAUCACCACCAGCGCCAUCGCCCACAAGACGGUGGCCACGGGCGAGGGGCUGCGGCACGCGGUGGUGGGGCAGCCCUCCUCCCUCACCAUCACCACCAAGGACAAGGACGGCGAGCUGGUGCGCAGCGGCAGCGCCAGCCUGCAGGCCCAGGUGACGGCGCCUGACGGCGGCCGGGCCGAGGCCGAGGUGCUAGACAACAAGAACGGCACCUACGAGCUGGUCUACACGCCGCGGCAGGAGGGCGACUUCCUGCUCUCCAUCCUGCUGUACGGGCAGCCCAUCCGGGGCAGCCCCUUCCGCACCAAGGCCCUCAAGGCCUGCGAUGUGCCCCCCUCGCCCGACGACGUCAAGCGCCGCGUCAAGUCCCCCAGCAGCGGGCACAUCCGGCAGAAGGCUGUGCGGCGCCCCUCCAGCAUGUAUGGCAGCGGCAAGAAGAAGGAGAACCCCAUCGAGGACGAGCUCAUCUUCCGCGUGGGAAGCCGAGGCCGGGAGAAGGGGGAAUUCACCAACCUGCAGGGCAUCUCCACCUCCAGCUCUGGUCGCAUCGUGGUGGCCGACAGCAAUAACCAGUGUGUGCAGGUCUUCUCCAACGAGGGCCAGUUCCGGCUGCGCUUCGGCGUGCGGGGCCGCUCCCCUGGGCAGCUGCAGCGCCCCACCGGCGUCACGGUCGACAUGAACGGGGACAUCAUCAUCGCUGACUACGACAACCGCUGGGUCAGCAUCUUCUCCCCCGAGGGCAAGUUCAAGACGAAGAUCGGGGCUGGGCGGCUGAUGGGCCCCAAGGGCGUGGCCGUGGACCGCAAUGGCCACAUCAUCGUGGUGGACAACAAGGCCUGCUGCGUCUUCAUCUUCCAGUCCAACGGGAAGCUGGUGACCAAGUUUGGUGGCCGCGGGACGGCAGAGCGGCAGUUUGCAGGUACCCUCGAUGGGCCCCACUUCGUCGCUGUUAACAACAAGAACGAGAUCGUGGUGACCGACUUUCACAACCACUCGGUGAAGGUGUACAGCGCCGACGGCGAGUUCCUCUUCAAGUUCGGCUCCCACGGGGAGGGGAACGGGCAGUUCAACGCCCCCACCGGUGUGGCCGUGGACUCCAACGGCAACAUUAUCGUGGCCGACUGGGGCAACAGCCGGAUCCAGGUCUUCGACAGCUCGGGCUCCUUCCUGUCCUACAUCAACACGCUGGCUGACCCGCUGUAUGGGCCGCAGGGCCUGGCGCUCACCUCGGACGGACACGUGGUGGUGGCCGACUCGGGCAAUCACUGUUUCAAGGCCUAUCGCUACCUGCAGUAGCCGAGGGGCCCCGGCCGGGCUGCGGCCUGCGCCUGCCCCGCUGCCUGGACUAGAGACCGAGGGGCCCUUUCCCCACCAGCGGGCUGGUGCUGAGCGCCCAGCCCACCGGAGUUGGGGGGGAGGGGGGGACUGCAGUGCAAGGGACCGGCGAGGGGGGGACCCGCCCCUGUGCCUGCUGGACCGGGCCCCAGAGUAGGGAGACCGGCCAGUGGACAGGGGCGGCCCACCGGCUCCCCCCGGUUGCGGUGAAGGUUAGGGGCUAUCCCCCCUCCUCCCCCCCCCCCGCGCCUGGGCCUAUUGGUGUUUCCUGGGGGGCUACCCCUCCCGCCAGCCGUGUGGGCCAGAGGGUCAAUGGAGCUGUGGGGGCUGGGGGCCUUGUUCCUUCUCUCGGGGUGCAGCAUAUCCUACCCAUCACCACCCCUGUACAACCCAGCAACUCACACCUCUAAGCACCCCAGCAACACCCGCCCCCCUGUACAACCCAGCAACACCCACCCCCCCAUACAUCCCAGCAACACCUGCCUCUGAGCCCCCCAGCAACACCCGCCCCCCCGUACAACCCAGCAACACCUGCCUCUGAGCCCCCCAGCAACACCCGCCCCCGUACAUCCCAGCAACACCUGCCUCUGAGCCCCCCAGCAACACCCGCCCCCCCGUACAUCCCAGCAACACCUGCCUCUGAGCCCCACAGUAACACCCGCCCCCCUGUACAACCCAGCAGUACCCGCCCCCCGCUGCAUCCUAGCAACACCCGUCUCUGAGCCCCCCAGCAACACCCGCCCCCCUGUACAACCCAGCAGUACCCGCCCCCCGCUGCAUCCUAGCAACACCCGUCUCUGAGCCCCCCAGCAACACCCGCCCCCCUGUACAACCCAGCAACACCCGCCCCCCUGUACAACCCAGCAACACCCAUCCCCCGUACAUCCCAGCAACACCCGCCUCUGAGCCCCCCAGCAACACCUGCCCCCCUGUACAACCCACCAGCACUCACCCCCCUGUGCAUCCCAUCAACACCCACCUCUGAGGCCCCAGUGACACACGUCCCCCUGUACAACCCAGCAACACCCGCCUCUGAGCCCCCCAGCAACACCCGCCCCCUCGUGCAACACCCCCCUCUGAGCCCCCCAGCAACACCCGCCCCCUCGUGCAACACCCCCCUCUGA